UUUCUUCUAACCCCCCGGGCCCUCUCCGUCGCCGAGCGAAGCCAGGUGUGCUCACCUGUGUCCGCCGUCCACGAUUGGACGCCGAGGGUCUAAGUUACGGCCGAAGGCAGCCCUGCGGUCACUCCUUCCACCUCCCUGCCCCCCUCCGGUUUGCACCCCAGCCUUCGUGCCCCUGGCCUCAGCACCCAGCAGUGGGUUGACAGCCUGGUGUGUUUUGUUUCUCCACUAGCAGUCACAGGCCCUGUUUAGGCUCUGAUCAGCUAGCCUCAGGCCAUGGAUGUGUUUUCAGUAACGUUUCCCUUCUCCCUUCCCUUUCAAAACUGCUUGGAGAGUCGGGGUUAUGCUUGGACAACUGCACGAAAAAUCGAGAGCUACAGGUAAGAAAACGUAGAAUGCCUCUGGUGACAAGGCGAAUGAGAGAUCCUGACAUAAAUCCUUGCUUGCUGGAAUCUGAUGCUUCUACAAGAUGUAUGGAUGAAAAUAACUAUGACAAGGAGAGGUGUUCCAAUUACUUCUUGAGAUACAAAAACUGCCGGAAAUUCUGGAAUUCUGUCAUGAUUCACAGAAGACAGAAUGGAGUGACGCCACCCAUGCCUACGGCUGCAGAAAGAGAUGAAAUUUUGGGAGCAAUGGGAAAGAAGCCUUACUGACUGUUUACAUUAAAAGUGUUUAUUUAACUAGAA